AUGCCCGACAGUAUGAACGCAAUUCUCAUCAAAUGCCCCGAGAACAAUUCAAACAAAUCCUGCGAGACGCAACUGAUUGUCAAUAUUCAUAUGAACCCAAGCUUCGAUAUGGAAAACACGGAAAAGUUUUGGGUGGUCGAUAAGGUCUAUGAUCCCUCGAAAGGAAGAACUUUAAAGAUAAUAUCUCCCUAUCUGAUUGUGGUUAGCAGGGGCGAGCCUGUUGUGAUGUACCCUCUUCGGUUUCUAAAAUCAAUUAAUAAUGACCCAAUUCCCAUGAAACCCCCAAAUGAAGUCAAUAAUAAUGCAAAACUUGCUGGUUCCACAUCCUGCAUGACUAAUGAAGAAAAAAAUAAAAAAAGACAUGAGAUGAUAAAUGCAACCAGAUUGAAAAGAAAUCAAUUUACACACUUCCAAACAGGAAAAUCAAUUGUUUCGAACAUUUUCGGUGCGAAAAGGCAAAAGAAAAACACACAACCUCGGCGCAGGGAUAAAAUGAUCAAUGAUCACCAACAAAAGGACCUUUCUAGUCUGGGACUUGUUCAAAUUUUGGAUACUUCUGUCACAAAAGAUUACCCAGAUUCCCUUAAAGAACUUUUACAUCCAUAUAAAGAUACACAGAGUAAAGAACUCGAAAAGCAUAUGGACUUACCAAAAUGGCACGAUAUUUCUAAAUCAAAGUUUGAAGACUUUUCAGGAAAAAGUCAAAUUAAAACCCACCCAAAAGAAAACUUAAAAAGGCUAAACAACGCAGACGAUAUUGAUACCCUACUUCCUCAUGAGGACUCAAAAAACUUCGAGCAACAAAAUAUCGAAGGUAAACUUGAUAAACUGUACUCAAAUUACGAAAAUCCUAAGAAGGAACCAGUAGCCGAUUAUCUUCCAUAUAAUAAAGUGACACCGGAAUCCAAAUCUAAACAAAUGAAUGAAAAUUUUGAUAAAAAUUAUGUCCCACCUCGGAAAAGUAUGCUUGAUUCGAAUGAAUUUCCAUACACGAAAGAUCGUAAAAAUAUUAGGUUUAAGUCACCUCUAAAAAGCCCUCAUGAUGUACAAGAUUUUCCCUAUGAAAAUGUAGAUAAGCAUUUUAUUUUGACGGCAUUUCCCAAGCAGAAAAGUGGUUCACAUAAAAUGGAAAAUGAAAAAAAUAAUUUGAUGACAUCCGGUAAUAGGAAAGCGAAUAACUAUGAAUUUCCAAUUGAGAGGGAAAAUAAAUAUUUGAAGUCGCAUUCCAUUGAUAAUAUUUAUGAUUUUCCUCAGGAAAGUAAAAAGCACCAUGAAAACUAUAAGCCACUUUUGGAUGAGAGCUAUUUACCCGAGGAAAUGAUAUAUAAAAAUAAAAACUUUAAAGGAUCUAAUAAUCAAUAUGAACUCGAUUUUCCAUUGGAAGCUGAAAAGGAUCAAUAUCAUUUCAGGACCCCAGUCGACGGUUCGUCCAGUGCAUUGGAUUUUCACAGUGAAAUUGAAAAAAAUACAAAUAAUUUUAAAAACCCGGAUUAUAGUUAUUCACCUGAAAAGUCAUAUGAUAAUAGCCUUUCCUUUGAAAAUGAGUUCGAAAGUCGUGAUGAAAACCUAAAUUUUAACGCACCUAAGGAAAAUUUGAACAACCACAACUUUAACUUUGAUACAAAAUCAGACUACCAAAGUUUACCCGAAAGAAAGGUUAAUGAUUUUUCGUGGACCCAUGGAAGCAUUGCAGACGAAAGCCUUGAUUCUAUUGUGAGCCAUCAUAUGAAACAAAGACUUUCAGAUAACGAUAAUGAUUUCAGUUUGGAUUAUUUUAAGCCGGCUAGUAGCAAAAAAUAUUUAGACUUCGGAUCCAAUCAGAAGAUGAAUCCAUAUUUGAAUUACCCAAAGAGCAAUUCCUAUAAGUUUCCACGAUCAAGAUACCUAAAAAGGAUGAAACGAUCCGUGCUUCAAGAUCGUCAUAUGGAAAACGAUGAAGAUUCUGAUUUGGAUCCAAAGUAUGAUACCGAUCUUGACUCGGUGAACUUGAAGCACAGUGAUGAUGAUGGGGAAAUUCCAUGUGAUACUUGCGGGGGCAAGAAUAAAAAGAAGGAAGAAAAACCCCGACCCAUAUAUAUUAAUACUUUGGAGGAUCACAAAAGCUUAGAAGGUAAAAUUGAGAAUGUGAACACCAAACUGGACGAUGCCGUUCCUUGCGAUACGUGUGGUGGUAAGAAUAAGAAGCCAGGAGGGAAACCCUUGCCUGGUGGAUUGCCUUUGGAAAUCAACAGUUUAACUGAGGAAAAUGAAGAGCGAAGCUUACCCGACUAUAUGAUACCGUGUGAAAGUUGCAAGAAGGCCAAUAGAUACAGAAUCACAGAAGGCAACCUGGAUUCUGCAUCCUGCGGCUGUGUUACCAAUCCAAAAGUGUGCAGUUGUGAAUCCUCCAAGUUAUCCCGAGCUUUAAACAAUAGUUUAAAGGAAUGGAGCUAUACAGUUUUUAAUAUGAAGAGUCCUGUACCAUUUCUAACCACCAAGUUACGUGUUUUUAGAAGGCGUCACAACACGUGGUGGCUGGUUGUUCCGAUAAUAACGCUUGAUAGUUUAUCAGGCAUAUUUGCAAAUGAUGACUUUUCGGCUGUGUUUACUUCUCACAUCGAUAUGAUUCGCCUGGAGAAAUUAACAGGCUUUUCCAAUCGAAAUCUUGCUGUUCCCAAUGAAAAAGUGAAUACAUUUGCUCGAAAGCGACAUGUCAUUACCCUAAAAGAUUUGCAGGAUAACAUUGGGAAAAGUGUUCUGCUGGAUGAAUCGAACAAGGACGUAUCCAUUAGGGAAAUAAAGAAAUCUUUCAACUUGAAAGCUCAAAAGCAGGAUAGUAUUAAAGGCUUAGAAACUAGAAGCAUCAAGGGAUUGGGAUAUCUUCCAGUGACUAUGAAUGCGCUGGAUAAUUGCCCUCAUAAGGACAAAACCCUAUGCCUAAAUAUUCGUGAUGAGAAAGUACCAGAAUAUAGCAUCAAAGUGAAGAUACCCUUUCGAGAAAAUGCUUUUGUUAUGCGCGAUAAGCAUAUAGUGAAAAUAUCAAGAAUCGUUACCGAUGCAACCACAAAAGAUGCGCUUCAGAUUUCGAUUGAAGUUAUAAACAAUGGAUUUGAGGCCCAGGAAUUCAUCAUAUAUAUUUGCAAUUGCAACAUUUUAAAAAGUGGAUCAACAUCGAAUAGUGCCAGAAGAUUGUUAGAGCCGUAUAUUGGCCAAACCGUCAUAUUCCUAGUGCCCUUGAUAGUAGGAUCGAAGAAAAACAAGAAAUACAGCUGCGAUGUGAUUGUUAAGGCGAUUACCGAAUUUGAUGACAAUGAUAUCAAUCUAGCGAAACCCGUUGACCUAAAAGUAGGCGUGGUUGCCAAAAGGACAAUGGACAUUAAAUGCCACUCGAGGUGCUUUUGUGUUUGGCGUUGUCGAUGUCACUGCAUCGGAAAGUUGGAAACUUUCAUAAACUACAAUGCUUGUGAAAGAAUGGAUCCCAAGUCCGAGAAAGAGGCUGGUCUCAUCUACAACUGCCCACCGGGCAACGAGCCACAUGAUGUGUGCAUCAAGGACGUUUUCAGCGAUCGAAACGAGGAGAAAACUUGCAAUCUCUCCUGUAAGGUUAUGGCCAUUGCAUUGGUAAUUUUGAUCAUACUAUUCUUAUUGGGACUUUUAAAGGCCAUUCUUGGCAUCUGCAUUACUGGCAUAGGUCGAUUUGGCUUCGACACAGUGCAGCCUGGCAGGACAUACGAAUACACGUCGUGCAUAAGGAUCUUUUUGGUCAACUGCUUCUUCUUCAUCAUAUAUCCCUUUGCCUGUUGGUGCAAGUGCUUCCGACCAAAGGCGAAGGAUCUCAUAGAUGCCAGUUCCGAUUGGGAUUGCAUUUCUCAGAACGAUGAAACCCCCGAAUGCUCCUGUGAUAAAAAGGACUCCAGUUCAAGUUGCCGACUCCAUGGUGGCCAGGAUAUACAAGAUAAUCUAGUGCUAUCCUUUGCUCCACUACAUGAAAAUGGCUUGUUUAAGGACGAUAAGUCAGACGACGAGGAGAGUCAUUUGUUUAUCCUUGAAGUGUUGGAGGAAAGCAAAUGUUCCCUGACCAAGAUGAUGAGUCAAGUCUUGGAUCCUGGUCAGAGUGCCGAACAAGCCACUGAAAGUCAGAAUGUCGAUGAUAUGUUGGCCGAUGAGUUUGUGGAAAGUCUGAGGAACUCGCAGGUUGCUUAUAGGACAUUGAGUUCUCCAGUUGGCGGAGUAGUAGAGAUCCCGAUAAACUAUAAGUAUUGCGUGAAAGGGUUCUUUGUGCAAACUAUAAACUCCUCGUUUGAAUUCGUGAGCUUUCAUCCAUUGUCCCAGUUUGUGGGCAUUACAGAGGAGAACGAAGUUAGGAUUCUGCCACAACCUCAAUACAUCCACUCCAAUGAGUUCUCUAGAGUAUAUGCUAGUAAAAUGGAGGUUCAUAGGGCAGGCGAUCUGUCAGUGGUUCCUCCACUGAAUGCUCCUUGCAUCAACAUCGACCAUGGAAACCACUUGGAGAGUUCCUUUGUUAAGCUUGCAGCGCAACAGGAGCAAAUGAAAGCAAAUCAGAACUUAAAUUAAUAUUCAUUACUUAUUUUAUUAAAUUUUCAAUAAUUUACAUUCU